AUGAAUCAAGGUUCUCUCACACAAGAUUCAACUGAUGAAGAGUAUGAAACAAGUAUUUCCGUGAAUAUAUUGGAAACAGAAGUACAUCCUCUCCAACAGUUGUGUUCGAGGAUUAAAUUUUCUUUACCACCGUCAAACGAAUAUGUUACAGCAUCUGACACAUAUAUACAUAAACUACCUUUUGAUAUACUUAUAGAAAUUUUCAAAUAUUUGCCAGCCUCUGACUUGCUGCGCAAUAUUCCAGCUGUUUGUCAAUUGUGGUACAAUGCAUCUCAUGUUCCUACUCUUCGAACCAGCUUGAGUUUGCGUAGUCAAAUACCAUCGGAAUUAAUCCUCAGAGCUAUUUUAAGUAGACCAAUGCUUCGAGUUUUGCGUUGCUUGGCGCUUCAACAUGCUGAAUAUGUACUAGCAGAUGCUAUUAAAUUUUGUCGUAUGCUCACAUGUCUUGAUAUAGGAUUUACUGCUUUAAGUGAACGGGAAACAGUUAUCCUGGCACAGAAUCUCCCACCAACAUUACUUCAUCUAAAUGUUGAAGGAUUGCGUACAAUUGAGAUCAAUUUCAUCUCGACUCUAGUAUUGAAAUGUCCAAAACUAGAAGCACUCAAUCUGUCACAUUGUGUUUCUGUCUGUGAUUCAUGCAUUAAAAUUAUCUCAGAACAAUUACACAAUCUAUGUCGUCUUAAUUUGGAUGGUGUACAAUGGAUUACAAAUACAGGAAUUUUAUAUCUAACUGACAGUGAAGCUAUUCACACUGGUAAACUUACGGAUAUAUGGCUUGAUGGUUUUGAACUUUCAAAUUCUGGAUUAAAUGAAUUUAUUAUUCGAUUGGGAAAUACUACACAACGCUUAUUAGAUUUUAUAAAUACUCUCUAUCCUGAAUGUGAUUAUCAUCGUUUUCUAGGGAUUCAACAAUUAUGGAUUAGUUUUUGUGAUAAUAUUGAGGAUACAACAAUCAUGUCUAUAGCGAAUCUUUCAAAUCUUACCUCACUUACCCUAAGAAAUACACAACAAGUUACGCCCAACGCUUUAAGUUCAUUAUUUGUCUGUCAAACUGCUAAUAAUUUAAAUCGAAAAUUUAUUUUAAAAUAUCUUGAAUAUUUAGAUUUAAGUGAAGCACCAGGUGUAAAUGAUACUGUAGUGCUAGACAUGUGUAGUUGUUGUGGUAAUCGCCUACAUACACUUAUUUUAAACUGGUGUUGGGAGAUUACUGAUAUUGGCAUUAAUGAAAUAAUUCAUGUGUGCUGUUGUCUACAUCAAUUAAGUCUUAUCGGGAAUUCUACUAUACACGGGACAGCUCUAUCUGAUAUUCCAGUGAAAGUGCCAAAUUUAGUAAUAUUAAAUUUAAUUAAAUGUGGUCGUAUUUCAGAUAAUAUCCUAGAGACACUUGCAUUUAAAAUGCCUAAUUUAUAUGUUUUUGAUUAUUUUGGUGAACGUGUUGGUGGAGGAUUGAAUGAUGUCUGUCAUUAUGAUUCGUCUAGCGUGCUGGUUAAAGUACCGAUAUGCAGUUGUUCUCUAUAAAAGUUAUGAAGUCAUUUAGAUUUUGUUUUCAGCAUUUAGGCAAUGGGUCAAGAAGAGGGGGGGCUCGAACCCUGCUCCGUCUACUUCACUCAGGGCAACUAGAUAUAUGUGUGUGUGAGCCAUGUAGUGAGGUAGUUGUUGA